AUGCGGCGCAGCGUGAGGAGGCGGCGGCGGCGGCCCCAGGCAGCCCCGGCGGCGGCCGCGGGCGGCGGCAGCGGCGGCGCCCGGGCCAGAGGAGGGGACGGGCUGGCGGCGGAGCGGGAGGAGAAGGUGGUGUACUCGCGCUCGCAGCUGUCCCUGGCCGGCAGCACCAAGGCGCUGGGCGACGCCUUCAAGCUCUUCAUGCCCCGCAGCACCGAGUUCAUGAGCUCGGACGCCGAGCUCUGGAGCUUCCUCUGCAGCCUCAAGCACCAGUUCUCCCCGCAUAUCCUCCGCAGCAAGGACGUCUACGGCUACUCGUCCUGCCGGGCCCUGGUCCCGGACCCCCCGGGACCCCCGGCCGCCGCCAACAGCCACCCCGCUCGCCGGGGGGAGCCGCCGUCGUCGCUGCUGCCGUCGCCGCCGUCCCGCCGGCCGGCCCCCGGAGCGGCCACCAGGAGGAGGCGCCGAGGAGCCGGAGCCGCGGCCGCCCGGAGAGUCAGGAAGCUGCCGCCGCUGCCCCAGCAGCCCCCGCCCGCGCCCCCGCCGCCGCCGCUGCCCCCGCCGCCGCCCCCCGGCCUGCCCGCGCCCCCGUGCUCGCCCCAGCUGCCGCCGCUGCCCCACGCGGGCCGCUUCGGCGGCCGGACCCUGGAGGAGAUCUGGAGAGCCGCCACGCCGGUGCUGACCACCUUCCCCACCAUCCGCGUCGGCCACGACGUGUGGGGCGAGCGGAGCCUGGCGGCGGCGCGGCGCAGAGCCCAGCAGGUCCUGCGAGUCAACCUGGAGCCCGUGGUGAGGCUCCGCCGCUUCCCGGUGGCCACGUCCUGA